AUGUCUUUGUCAACGGCAAGGAGAUGAAAGGCAAGGUGAACGCCCUGGUGAACUUCACCUACCAGUACCUGAGUGCUCCCCUGCAGAUGACGGUGUGGGUGCCCCGCCUGCCCCUGCAGAUCGACAUCUCCGACACCGAGCUCAGCCAGAUCAAGGGCUGGAGAGUCCCUGUCGUCUCCAACAAAAGGCCGGCCAGGGACAGCGAUGACGAGGACGAGGAGGAGCGCAGGGGCCGGGGCUGCACCCUGCAGUACCAGCACGCCAUGGUCAGGGUGCUCACGCAGUUUGUGGCCGAGGACUCGGGGCCCUGGGGCCAGCUGAGCUACCUGCUGGGCUCAGACUGGCAGUUUGACAUCACUGACCUGGUCAGGGACUUCAUGAAGCUGGAGGAUCCUCACAUUGCCAGGCUGCAGGAGGGCAGGAUCCUGGUGGGCCGUGAAGUGGGGAUGACCACGAUGCAGGUUUUGUCUCCUCUGUCUGACUCCAUCCUGGCAGAGAAGACAGUGACAGUGCUGGAUGACAAAGUGACCAUCACAGACCUCGGGGUGCAGCUGGUGUCUGGGCUCUCUCUCUUCCUGCAGCCCAGUGCAGCCACCAGCAGGGCCAUUGUGGCCACAGCUGUUGCCCAGGAGCUGCUUCAUACUCCUAAGCAGGAGGCUGUGGUGAGCACCUGGAUCCAGUUCAGCGACAGCUCUGUCACCCCUCUGGACAUCUACGACCCCAAGGACUUCUCGCUGUCGGCCGUGUCGCUGGACCAGGGCGUGCUGUCGGUGCAGCCGGGCGCGGCGCCGCGCUGGCCCGUGGUGGCGGCCGAGGGCGAGGGCCAGGGCGCGCUGCUCAGGGUGGACAUGCUCAUCUCCGAGGCCUGCCAGAAGUCCAAGAGGAAGAGCGUGCUGGCCGUGGGCAGCGGCAGCGUGCGGGUCAAGUUCGGCCAGAACGACGCGGAGGCGGCGGCGGGCGGCGACUACGGCGAGGAGCUGGAGAACCGCGCCAGCGAGCGGCGGCAGCGGGGCUGGGAGCAGGAGCGCCAGGGCCACCAGGGCCACCAGGGCCACCGCGGCGAGGGGACCCUCGGCAGGGCCAGCACCACCGCCAGGCCCGUCCUCAGGAAUAAGGUGGUGAGGAACAACCGGCUGGACGGCCCGGACGACGGGCAGCUGCAGAACAUCCCCAUCGACUUCACCAACUUCCCUGCGCAGGUGGAGCUGCCCAGAGGAGGGCCUGGCGUGGAGGACGAGCUGGUGCAGUCCCCCCGGGGGCUCAGCGACCUGGAGAUCGGCAUGUACGCCCUGCUGGGCGUCUUCUGCCUGGCCAUCCUGGUGUUCCUCAUCAACUGCGCCGCCUUCGCGCUCCGGUACCGCCACAAGCAGGUGCUGGUGGAGGGCCAGAGCAGCAUGGCGCACUCGCACGACUGGGUGUGGCUGGGCACCGAGGCCGAGCCGGCCGAGGGCGCGGCCGAGCGCACCACGGCCAUCGACCGCGGCCUGCUGCUCAACGGCGGCGCCGCCCGCGGCCUGCAGGCCCGGGACAGCGCGGGCAGCGGGCCCGCGGAGCCCCCGCGCUCGCCCACCUCCAGGAGGAAGAGGGUGAAGUUCACCACCUUCACCACCAUCCCGCCCGACGACGGCUGCCCCACCGUCAACUCCAUCCUGGGCGGCAACGACGAUGACAUUCAGUGGGUGUGCCAGGACGUGGAGCUGGGGGACUCCCGAGAGAAGCGGAACCACGCGGGGAAGUUCAAGGACAAAGUGUAGCUCUCCCUGCCGGGGUUUCUCUGGGUUUAACCACACCUUGAUGCCUUCAGUUCUACAGCAUAUGUUAGGACGGGCGACAGGGAGGGGAGGGGGUCGCCAGCAGAAGUGAUGAGGCAGUUUUUAUAAUCAGGGAAAGAAAUUUGCCAAACUGUCCAUGGUUUGUUUUUGUUUUUCACUUUGUCCUGUUGGUUUUUUGUUGUUUGUUUUGUUUUUCCCCCCGUGGUUUUUCUGCUUCUCACGGAUUCAGGAAAUGGAAUACAAAUAGCAGAAAGGAACAGGGGAAUGCUGUGACCAACACGAUGAACUGGGCAAGAUGAGGUUGUGAAAAUUCAUUUUAUGGGUCAUACAAGUAAUAAUGGUAGUAAUAUCUCACAGUACCAAAAAUAGCUGUAAAAAGAAAUGAGGGAAUAUAAGAGCAUGAAAAGAAUAAGCAAGAGGCAAACAAUACCUGAUAAAACAUCACAGGUAUGGACGUGUGACCCACAAGGGGACUUCUCAUAUUGGUACUCGAGCUGUUUCUUUUCAUUCCCUCUUUGGAAAUGAAGAUGUGUCUUUGGCGUUACCUGUGAAGGAGGAAGAAAUUACCUGGUAUUCUCAUUUUCACUUUUCCAUUUGUCUUGUAAAUUGAAACAGAAUCAUUUUCCCUCUUGUAUUUUUCUUUUAAAUAUCUUGAAAACAGGAAAAUUUAAAAUUCAAUAAGUUCGCAGUGGGGCCAAGAACAUUCUGUUUCUAAGUUAGCUGUAAACAGUCUCCUGUCAUUUAAAGAAUUCAGGGGAUAAGUAUUGACUGAUAAUUUCCACGUGGUGUCUCUUCUGGAAGCCUGAGCCUGCAUUCCACCCUAGCUAGAAAGAUGUUCUGCUUGGAAGAAUUUUCAUUUUCCUUUCAGGUUUGGAUUGUUUGUUUAGUUGCUCGUUUUAACUUUCCACAACCAAAGUUCCUGUGUUUUUCACCAAGGGAAGAAGGUGCUGGUUUCUGUUAGAUUUUUUUACAAGUCCCAAGCAGUGGGAGUGCCCCACUGGUGCAUCCUAAAUGUACCUGGAACUGAGACAUUCACAUGUGUACAGCUGGAGUUGGGCUCUUGGUUUGUUUUGGGUUUUUGUUUUUUUAAACCAGGUUCAUGAAUUCAUAAUUUUGUGCUGCAAUUUUCUCUUUAUUCUGACGUCACCAGCUCUCAUCAAGCACUGGAAGCAAGAAGAAGGAUGGACAGAAAGACCCUGAUUGCCCCCAGCCUUUAAUUCCCUUGUACUGGGAGAGCUGAGCUCUGGGCACACUGUUGGGAGGGAGGGAGGGAAAUAUUGCUGAAGCAAGAUCAAGAAGUACCUGGAGAUAUUUUAUACAUUUUGGAGUUGUUUUUUUUUGCCAUUGGACCAGCUAAGACUGAAAAGUUUUGACUAGAUUUUAAAUCUGAUGCUUGAAUAAACAAAGACCAGCCCAGUAACAAAUCAGAAGUGAAUACAAAACAGAGAUUUAAUUCCUGCUGUGAACUGGCAGAACUGUGUUCACUCAGUGCCAGCUCACAUUCCUGGGGGACACAGAUCAAAAUCUAUUCCAUGAGGAAACCACUGUCCUCCCAAAGCUCUCCUGACUAAAAGCAGUAUUAUAUCAGUGUGAUGUCCUGAUAGCCAGAAGCACUUGCAUCCUGUCUUUGCCAUGUGUUUCGUUAUUUUGGGAUUUUUAAUUACUAAACUCCGUAGUUGGGUUUGUUUUUUUGUUUUGGUUUUUUUUUUUUUUUUUUACUUGGACAAAGUCAAUCCUGCCACCCAAUAACAUAGAUGGACGUUUUAACAAGAUAUGCCUAGUAUGCAUUGUAGACUGAAAGAAUGUAAUAUUUAUUUAUACCUGUUAUAUGAAU